AUCACGAGGGGCACGUGAAGGCAGCAGGAGGAACAGUCGGUGGGGGACAGCGGGCUCCACAGUGUUUUCCAGACGUUUGUGGGCAAAUAUUUCGCGAUGGAUUCACAACCUCCGCCGAAGCCGUGGGAGAGACGGAUCCCGGGGGCUCUGACUGCACCUGUGAACUACAGGUCUGUAGACUUUGUCCCGGCUCCAGGCCCGUCCACGUCCGUCGGCCCCCCUGUCCUUACGAGGAUGGUGCCCCCGCCGCCCCCUCGUCCCGUCCAGCAGUCCUACCGUCCGGCCUACAGCUCUUUCAACUCUUCUUACAGCCCCUAUGGGAGCUCCAUGUACAGUGGAUACAGCCCCUACAACGCCUAUGGUGGCGGCGGCGGCGGCUAUGGCAUGGGAGGGUACAGCCGCUUCUCUCAACACGAAGACGUCGCCCCCAGCAGGUUUGUGCAGCACGCGGAGGAGAGCAGCCGCGGAGCCUUCCAGUCAAUUGAAAGCAUCGUCCAGGCCUUCGCCUCCGUCAGCAUGAUGUUGGACGCCACCUUCUCUGCCGUGUAUAACAGUUUCCGCGCCGUGCUGGAUGUAGCCAACCACCUAACACGGCUGCGUGCACACCUCACCCGAGUGCUGUCCGCCUUUGCUCUGGUGCGCACCUUGCGUUACCUCUACCGACGGCUGCAGAGGUUGCUGGGGCGGAGGUCGGAUGCCGAAGUCGAGGACUUAUGGGCGGACAGUGCCACUGAUGCCCUCGCUACAAGUGCGUCCACUGGGUUUGGAACAGGAAUGGAGGAUCAAACUGUCAAAUCUUGGCCAAUCUUGCUGUUUUUUGCUGUGGUCUUGGGUGGACCCUACCUCAUCUGGAGACUGCUGAGCUCUAUACCUCGCUCCGAAGAUAGUGCUACCAACUGGGCCAGUGGUGAGGACGACCAUGUAGUGGCCAGAGCGGAGUAUGACUUCUCAGCUGCAUCUGAGGAGGAGAUUUCUCUGCGGGCGGGAGAUAUGCUCAACCUCGCCCCUAAAGAGCAACAGCCCAGGGUGCGUGGCUGGCUGCUGGCCAGCGUGGAUGGUCAGACCACAGGGCUCGUCCCAGCCAACUACGUCAAGGUACUUGGUAAGAGGAGAGGCCGCAAAAACGCAGAGAUGGAGAGACUUUCUCAGAUCCAGCAAGCGAAUGCACAGGCCUCCCAGUCGGCCUUGGCCGCACUCCCGCAACCGAAUCCUGCCCAAGCCUUACCCCCAGGCCUCGGUUCAGCCUCCACCUCACUUGCCUCAGAGGAGCUGCUAGAGUCGGUGUACACAGAAACACCAGCUUCCUUCAGUCUGGGAACGUCCAACUCCAGUGUGCCCUCCAGCACAGUGCUUAACAUAAAUGAGAAGACUGAUCUGUGAUGUUUGUGCAUUCCUCUGCUCACAACAUCGGUCGGCUCAGUCUUUACUGGUUUGCAAUGUUGAACUCUGAAGCUUGACUAAUAAUCAGCUGUCAAUAGAUGCUUGGAGAAAGACCAUGGACGUCAUCAAAGAAGCUCAAUGUACUUCGUAGACUCAUCUAUGAUGGUUCAAAUCAUCGCACACAAUCUGGGCCUUCUGCUAAGGUUAUUGGUCAGAAGAGGUUUUACUGUUCUGUUUAGGGUCGGUGUGUUUAUCUUUACAUUUCUUUAGUCAGAGCUUGGAAAAUAAAGUAUUGUGUAUUAUCUAAAUGUGGUACACUGCACUGUUGUUCUUAAGGAUCAUGUCUGAUACAAGACGUUAUGGCUUGAGAUUGUUCAGUAACCGAAAUGAGAACUAAUCUAACGUGUUUUGUUUAACGCUGUAAUAAUUUAAAAUUGUGUUUGAUCUAGGCCUUCACGUUGAUGUCGACUUUAUGAAGCAAAUGGGAUUCGAUUUGUUCAAGAUGAAAAGAGGCUAAUUUUGCACACUUUCAAUAGUUCACAGGAAGUGAUUUUGUAAAUAUUUAAUAGUUAUUUUGAAAAUAAAUAUAUUUCAAAAAUGA